CAGAGGAGGGGUGAGGGUGGGGGAGACCAAGGGGGAGGGACUUUAGAAGUAGUUGACGACCCUGCGGAUGGACUGGAUGUUGGGGUUCUGGGCCUGCCACUCGUUAUGGCUGCAGUAGUCUCCACGCUCCACGAUGUACAUACGACCACGGAAGUUUGGCUCCUCAUACAUCACCCAGCUGAGGACAGAGAAAACAACCAAUCAGGGAUGAGUAAGAACUGAACCAUCCAAUCAUAAAGACUCAGGGCCAAAUAAAACUAUAAUAGUGGUGGAGAUUUUUCUGUGUGAGGACAGACUGACAAGUCUCUGCAGCCAAUCUGAUACAGGUGAUUGUCAGAUCAUCCUCUGGGGAGCAGGACUGAACUCUGAACAUGAACUGGCACUUUGUUAAAGGGUUAUUCCAGCUUUUUUUAAGGAUGGCUGUAUGAGUUAUUAGUGUGGCAAAAACACCUAGUAGUGACAUGUAAGUCUUUAAACCUACAAACAUACUGAAAUAUACUUAACAAAACUAUAACACAGUCUUGACUGUGAGUACGUGUGAGUAUGUUGUAUCAGACUAAAGAGGAGGACACAGAAACAUGUGAGUGUGUUGAGUGUUGAGUGUCAGACUUACGCUCCGUCUCCGAAAACCUUGAGGGAGUUGAUGCAGCUCUUGGACAUUCCGCGGCUCUGCAGGAAGGGACAGUCCUCACAGAUCUCCACACUCUGACCGGAGAAGUUACAGGCCUCGAACAGCUCGAUACGAUAGUGCUCUCCAUGCUGAGGGGCGAAACAGACAAAGUCCGAUUUAUAAGUACAGAAGUAAUGUUUUUGUUUCAGGAUGAACUUUUAACACAUCUCCAUUAUCUGAUGUUUAACCUCAAACACAGUUCAUCACUGCAUCCACAAAUGAGGGUAAAACUGGACCACUAUAAUUUAUUUCUGAUUCUGCUGCCUCUCUGUGAACUUUGUUGAAUGACUGUCUUCUACAGCAGGAAAGUGUUCGACCUGGUGAUAUGAAAUCAAGGUUAAUGAAGUGUACCAUGCGGAUGGGUUUGCAGGAUCCCAUGUGGUCGUUGUGGGAGUUCCAUCUCUGGAAUUCUGGGUACUCUCCGUGCUCCAGUAUGUACUGCUGACCCUUGAAGUCCGGGUGGUCGAAGCAGAUCCAGGCUCCGCUCUCCACACGGAUGGAGUUCACCCUGAAAAUAGAGCGGAUCACAGAGUCCGAGGAGGUCAGGGUGUUUCCUGUUCAAGUCUUUAAUCACACUUUCUUUUUUUCUGUGAAGUAUUUUAAUCUUUUAUUCCUCAAUUUCAGUGUUAAUGUUCCUCAGAAAUAACUCAUUUAAACUUUCUCCAAAUUUACUGUCCCUACACACAAGAUUCACCAGCAUGCUCAGACCAGGAUCUGCACUCUCCUGGGGUCUUGGAGCUUGAAUCGGAGAACCUGAAGAGUAAACUUUAGAGUCACCUGUUCAUGAAGCCGCGGUCCUGGAAAUUAUCACAGUCUCCUCUGACCUCCAGCUUCCUGCCGGUGAAACAUUUCCCCUCAAAAAAAGUGAUCUGGAAGAAAACAUGAAGAAAAAAUUAGAUACUCUCCACCUGAACACUGCAGUUCCUCACUGUUGGCAAAGUAAUGUUUAUUUAUUCCACUUGUCUGACAGAUUUGAUCCUUAAAGACACUCAUGGGGGGAAACAUAAAAGAAGUGAAUUUAUUUAACAUUUUUAAGGGGUUGUGCUCUAACAGAAUCUGGAUUUAUCUGAAAACAAGGACAGCAGGAUCUCCUUAUUUUCACUGAAGCUCUUACAAAAGUCACUCAUAUUUUACAACAUAAGAAAGAGAAUUAAUUAUAAGGAUUCAAAUUCAGAAAGUUCCACACCGAAAUACAAAGAAGCUACGAGCAGCCUGUUAAAUGUUGCCUGAUGGUUGAUUUAAAUACAAGUCCCGCCUCCAGGACAAACAGCCAAUCAUGGUUUGGCAUUUCAGGGUUCCAAAUUAUGUUUUAGCCCCACCCCCUGACUCCGCCCCCACUCUUUUCGCUGACAGAUCAGUUAGUAGAGCAGGCGCCCCAUGUCAAGGGACCACCGUGCUCAUCACGCUAGUCAUAGGAUCGAUUCCCCUCUCUCUAAAGCUGUCCUAUCAAAAUAAAAGCACAAAGGCCCAAAAAUAAUCUAAAAAUAAAAACAACAUGGUGAAGAGUUUAAUCAGUUCGUAAAGACCAGAACUGUAAAUCCUAGUUUUUAACCGGGGAGGAAGUUCAAAUAGAAGGAACCAAAUUUGUUAUAAAUCUGACAUAAAGGAGACGAAAAAAUAAAAGCAUCACUUUCACAAUAAAAGAGAAGGAUAUCCUUUAAAACUAUGAGAGAUUUUCAGCCACCUCAGACGGACAGAUCAUCAUCUCACUGAACUCUGAUAAUAAAAACGAAAACAGGUGAUUUCAGGUGACGAUAUCUGGAGGACAUGAAUCUCAUCGUGUUUUCCUCUGAAUUUAAAUCUAAUUUCAAAACUAACUCCAGACUGAUUCUUUCGCUCGUUUCCAUCAAACACCUGAGGAUAUCUGUGGUUAAAGAGUUUCCUUCUGACUCGCUCUCUUCCAGGUCACAGCUGAUCUACAGACUGGUCUCACUCUCCAGAGGAUCUACCCAGAAGCUGAAGCUGCGUGUUGUAUACUCAUCCUCAUCGUACUCACCUUUCCGGAGUACUGCGACAUUUUACCCUCUGGAUGUUGUCCAACCUGGCCCACAACCACACGCACAGUGUAACAGAGAAAAAGUUGGACGCACCAAUUUAUACGGCAGGGGGGCGAGCGAGGGGGCGAGGACCCGCCGUCAGGACAAAAGAGCGGGCUUCAAAAGUUUCUGCUGCCUCGACGUUUCCCUUCAUCCUGACGUGUCUGCUGAUUCUGCUGUGUGUGUGUGUGUGUGUGUCUGUGUGUGUGUGUGUGUGUGUGUGUGUUUCAAUAGAAUGUGCUUGGCCUGAGCUUUGUAGGGUCCAUGGUAUUACAGAGACAGAGAGAGGACUCAUCAGGACCAUAACAUCUACAGAACACCUCCUACAGACGCCGCAGCCUGACAGGACAAGCCCCCAUGAACAGACCUCUGCGCUGGACAGAAGGGGACUCUGGACACCCCCUCCACACACACAUUUACAGAGCUAAUAAAGAUCAUCAGGUCUUCACUGAACCCGUGCUGAAGUUUCAAAUCUGAGUCCGACAGCUGGUUUCCUCUUAAAAGUUUUGGACUGCUGUUAUUGGGCCUGUCCACAGAGAUGCCACUGGAUCAGCUCCGCCCCCCACCACGCCCUUGGAAACACCCAUCAUAGGAACCAACCCCAAACCCCCCCGCCUCGCCAUCUACAAUAUCAGUCACCCCACUCACAGUAAAAACACCAAAGUCCUCUCUGGGCGCCCUGUCAGUAUCAAAAACAUUAAAAGUUUCCUGUUGAUACUCUUGAUGUUGGAGGUUAAAAAGUGACUUUAGAUGUCCUUUUAUAAAAAUGUAAAAAUAAACCUGUAAAAACAAAACAUUCAUAAAAGUACAAGUAAAUAUUUGAAAGAUAACAAUGUCAAACAUUAUGAAAUACACUCACAAGCCACUUUAUUAGGUACACCAUGCUAGUAACGGGUUGGACCCCCUUUUGCCUUCAGAACUGCCUCAAUUCUUCGUGGCAUAGAUUCAACAAGGUGCUGGAAGCAUUCCUCAGAGAGCUUGGUCCAUAUUGACAUGAUGGUAUCACACAGUUGCCGCAGAUUUGUCGGCUGCACAUCCAUGAUGCGAAUCUCCCGUUCCACCACAUCCCAAAGAUGCUCUAUUGGACUGAGAUCUGGUGACUGUGGAGGCCAUUUGAGUACAGUGAACUCAUUGUCAUGUUCAAGAAACCAGUCUGAGAUGAUUCCAGCUUUAUGACAUGGCGCAUUAUCCUGCUGAAAGUAGCCAUCAGAAGUUGGGUACAUUGAGGUCAUAAAGGGAUGGACAUGGUCAGCAACAAUACUCAGGUAGGCUGUGGCGUUGCAACGAUGCUCAAUUGGUACCAAGGGGCCCAAAGAGUGCCAAGAAAAUAUUCCCCACACCAUGACACCACCACCACCAGCCUGAACCGUUGAUACAAGGCAGGAUGGAUCCAUGCUUUCAUGUUGUUGACGCCAAAUUCUGACCCUACCAUCCGAAUGUCGCAGCAGAAAUCGAGACUCAUCAGACCAGGCAACGUUUUUCCAAUCUUCUAUUGUCCAAUUUCGAUGAGCUUGUGCAAAUCAUAGCCUCAGUUUCCAGUUCUUAGCUGAAAGGAGUGGCACCCGGUGUGGUCUUCUGCUGCUGUAGCCCAUCUGCCUCAAAGUUCGAUGUACUGUGCGUUCAGAGAUGCUCUUCUGCCUACCUUGGUUGUAACAGGUGGUUAUUUGAGUCACUGUUGCCUUUCUAUCAGCUCAAACCAGUCUGGCCAUUCUCCUCUGACCUCUGGCAUCAACAAGGCAUUUCCGCCCACAGAACUGCCGCUCACUGGAUAUUUUUUCUUUUUCGGACCAUUCUCUGUAAACCCUAGAGAUGGUUGUGCGUGAAAAUCCCAGUAGAUCAGCAGUUUCUGAAAUACUCAGACCAGCCCUUCUGGCACCAACAACCAUGCCACGUUCAAAGUCACUCAAAUCACCUUUCUUCCCCAUACUGAUGCUCGGUUUGAACUGCAGGAGAUUGUCUUGACCAUGUCUACAUGCCUAAAUGCACUAAGUUGCCGCCAUGUGAUUGGCUGAUUAGAAAUUAAGUGUUAACGAGCAGUUGGACAGGUGUACCUAAUAAAGUGGCCGGUGAGUGUAUAAAGGAGUUCAUCCACUGAACAUCAGAUCAGUGUCAGUGUGAUGUACCAUUCAGGGAUCCUAAUGUGACAGGAUAUGCAGUUUGUGAUGUGGUUACCUGAUACAAACAGUCUGAUACCGAUAUUUAUCGUUGUCGCUUUCCUCUGCUUCAUCCGGGUCGCGGGGGCAGCAGCUUCAGGAUGGAAGCUCAGGCGGCCCUCACCCCAGCCACUUUCACCAGCUCCUCCUCUGGGCGGAUUCCCAGGCCAGGCGAGAGAUAUAAUCCCUCCACCUGGUCCUGGGCCGGCCACGAGGUCUCCUCCCGGUGGGACAGGUCUGGAACACCUCUAACAAGAGGCGUCCAGAAGGCGUCUUAACACCUCAGCUGACUCCUCUCGAUGUGGAGGAGCAGCGGUUCUCCUCUGAGCGCCUCCCGAGUGUCCCUAAGGCUGAGCCCGGACACCCUGAGGAGGAAACCCAUUUCAGCCGCUUGUAUCUGCGAUCUUGUUCUUUCGGUCAUUACCCAAAGUUCAUGACCACAGGUGAGGAUCGGCACGUAGAUCGACCGGUAAAUCCAGAGUCUCUCCUUAUUUAUCAACAUAUUUAUAAAUUGUAUUUUUAUUUGAAUUUAUUUGUAUUUAUAUCAUGAAUUUAUAAAUGGUUUAGCUGUACUCUGGAUGUCACACCAUCAGGGUCAUCUUCAUAUUACUGCGUCAUGUAUGUUUAUUUUUUAGGACUGCGGCGUGGAUGAAGAGGUCAUGACUUUAUUGUCUCCACCUGUGGGGAGAUGAAGUUCAUCUGAUCUGAGGAAUCACCAAGGAGGAGGCUGAAAACGUGAGAAGAAACAAAAUAUGUGGAGUAAAAUAACCUGUUUUUAAGGUGGUUCACUUUAGGCAUGGACAUGUUUGUUGUAGUUGAUGCAGCAGCGCCCCCUUCUGUCCAUGCUCCUGCACCUACAGCUCAGUGGAGCAGAGUUCACCCAGAGAACUUUAAGAUACUGGAGAUACUUCAGAUUAAACAGAGUUAGAUUAGUUUUUAAUAUCGGAGCAUGAACAGAUCUGAGUGUUUAGUAAUAAGGACAUAAAUCCACAGUGACUGAGGAGAAGAGGAGACCUGCUGAGUGUAGGCGGAGUAGGAGUAUCAGAAGUAUCCCAGCAGUAGUUGUAGUAGUAGUCUGAAAAUACAGUGACAGUAGUAGCAGUAGUCAUAGUAACAGAAGUCUGUCUUUCUCCUCCGGACCAGAGCGCGCGCCACGUCGUGCGUAUCCCGUGUCCGCGCAGCUGUCCACGGCGCUGCGCUCCACCAUGGAGGCGCACAGCGCGGCUCUGAGUUCCCGUGGAUUCACCUGACCGUGGAUCUGUGUGAAACCGCGUCUCUCCCCGACCUCCAACCACCAACCGGGAGCUGCUGCCGGGCCGGGAACACAGAGCUUCUAUCCGGCUUCUCAGGGCGCGGAGCAGCGGGGGAAGGAGCACCGCUGUGCGCAUCCUCAGGAUUACUUCACGUUAGGGACUUUGUCAUUUUUGUAGCUGUGAUUUAAAAAUGAGUUAAUUCAGGAUGUUGUCUGUGAAAAUAGACAAAAUAGUUUUUAUCCAAGGAGAGUCAGUGCAAUGAAGAACCAGAGCUCAUCAAGUCCAGACUCUUAAAGUCCUGAACCCAAACUAUAAAAUGAGACUUUUAGCUCAAAUCAUCUUAAAGUGGACGACCAUGAGAGAAAACUGUUGGAAUAAUAUCAAAAUGAUGUCUAAGAGGUUUUAAAGGACCCAGAGAGGAUAAUUCAGGCCCACAUGGACCCUCCAACAGUACCCUAUCAGUGUUUGGAGAUAAUCUGAUAAUUAAGCUGAGAGAGGAUUUUGUGGCUGAUGAUGAUGAGGAGCAGCGCAGAGAAGAGACAGGAGGAAGAGGAGGAGGACAGGAGCUGCAGUAAGAAGAAGAAGAGGAGGAGGCCGCUCAGACUGCACAUGCCUGUAAGUGUCCGUCUGUCCGUCUACCUGUCUGUUUCUCCUGAAAUUUAACAGGUUCUGAAAUCACACAGCCUCACUCUCCACCCACACAGAGACGGUUUCCUCUGAACUUGACUUUCCAGGCACAUCUCCAGAAACCUGCUGCAGACUGAGGAUCCAAACUAACUCACAAACUAACUGAUUCACUUCUGUUUGCUGCCCCUGGUGGACAUAUGGGGAACUGACAUUUUUGGUAGGUCCAAUCAACUCAAUAAAAUCGAGACCACGAGAUCAGACUUGGUUAGUUUGGUGUCAUCAGUGAUAAGCAGCUGAUAAAACCGGGAAUGACCUGAUUAAGAAAUAAAGGUCAGACUGUCAUUUCUUGGUCAAUGACUGAGUGGGCGGGGCUAACAUGUGCCUGCUGCGUGAAGCAAUAAAAAUCAGCGCUGCUAACCCUGACCUAUUCUUCAGUAUUUUUACCCACAUAAAUAUGAAUAAUCUGGCUCUGUCAAAGGUCACUAAAUCCACCUCCCAGCAGCUCCAAACCUCCCUGAUGAGUUCAUAACGUCUCCUGAAUAAAGUCUGACAGGAUCAGGUGUUUCUGUGGUUGAAUCAGCUGUUAUCAGCUGGUUGUAAAUAACUCUAAACUGUUCAUUUCUCAGGUUAAAGUUUAAAACUGGAGUCACUUUAUGACUCGUCUUUCAACUUUAGCCGCCGUAAAUCAAUACAGGAGAUCUUAUUAAUGACCCACUUACCCAGGGGUGGGGGAGGGACUCCAGGACCAGUUCUGGAUUAGGACCAGUUUGAGCAGACUACUGUACAUCAUUUGUCUUAACGGUUCCUUGCUAAAAGUAUAACCCCCAAUCUCCACCUUCAUCCUGAUCGUCUCCUAAAAGGUCGUAUCCUCCGAUCGUAGCUGAUCGUAACCAUUCAAGUUAACGUGUCAAUUUACACCGACUUCUUUCCGUUCCUCUGCGGAUCGCCGGACUCCUCAGCUGAUCACAAGAGUUCUAUUUUUUCUGGACGCCGGAGCAUGGCGGAUAAAUUCAGCACAGAUUAACCCGUGCUGGAAAGGAAGUCGGGCACAGUCACAAAAUAAAACAUCCUGCUUCUUUUCAAAAUAAAACACUCCGUGUUUCAGGAGGAUCGUAUUUCACACCAUGCAAACGGGCGGAGACGAACAAAUGAAAGGUUUUUAGACGUCAUUUCACCCCGAUGACACCAUGGAUGAGGAGAUGCUGAUUCUAGAAGUCUAGAAGUAGAUUUCCUCCUCUGGAAGGACACAAUCUACUGCUUAUAUGUCUAUGUGUCUGUCUUUAGAGAGACAACUCGGUGUCAUGUGAUUGAACGUGAAUCUGCAGGUUCUUGUGAGUUCUCACGAUUACUGCUGUCUGUAAUCCACCAUGAAAGUCGCCUCACAAACGGAUCUGGUUGGAAUUGGUGGAUGCCGCCGUUCCGGAUCAGAGCUGUUCUGGAUGCAUUAAAAAUUGGGGGUUACUAUCCGUGCUUUGCAAAAUAAUCACAGAGAGAGGAGCAGGAGGAGGUCGGUGUGGGUCUAUGUGUGUCUGAAAAGCAGAAGGACAGAAUGAUUUUAUUCAGAGAGGAUGUUCUCUCUCUCAGCCAGGCCUUUGAACCUUUACUCCAGGGUAAAUCCUGAAUACUAGAGUCCAGACCCUCUUCAGGACUUUGGCUCUAGAGCCAGUACUGAGUGAGAAGGAGAGUAACUCCACCUGAUCCAGCUUCAGCACCGACUCUACCUACACACAGACACACCUGAAGGUGCUGUCUAAUGAUUCACCUCCACCUACCAUCACAAACUGCAGCUAUCAGCCCUCCAUCUGACCUGAGAACAGCCUCGGUGUGUGUGUUUGUUUGUGUGGGUCACAGGAUAAGAUCGGACUGACUGCAGUUGUGUUGGUGAUCCGUCUUUAUAUUCACUGUAAUCUGUUAUAAUCUGUGUUCCAGCAAAUAGUCUGAGCCUGAAGGACAGAGGCAGAGCUGAGUGAAGGUUAGAGUGUCUGACGAAUUGGAUUAUGCCUCGUGUUUCGUGUUUCGUAUUGUAAGUGGAGCUAUCCUGUUAUUCCCCGAUCGUCAUGGCAACAGUUUCUUAUGUAGAAAUAACAGACUGCAGACUGGUGCAAUGGACCAAUCAGAAACAAGUACUCCAGAAUGGCUUCUUUUGACUCGGGUUCUUGUUUGUGUUUCUUUCAGACUCUGUCAAAGAGGAUAAAUCUGAAAAACUGAACAGAGUCGACCUGACAGCGAAACCUGAACACACCUGUUUAUGUUCAUACACACAUUUUCACUGUGUGUGUGUGCGUGUGUGUGUGUGUGUGUGUGUGUGUGUGUCUGCAGUAUGUGGGUCAAGGAAAGCUGAUCUCGGACCCUCUCAGGAGACAUUUUUGUGAUGACAUUCGGCUUCAUGAUGAUGUCACUGGAGGUCAGAGGUCAGCGUCAGGAAUGGUCUGGUCUGUAACCGUAGAAACUGGGACAGAAACUGUCGCCAAUUAACUCACCAGGCGCUGACAGUGUGUCAGAAGAUCAGGCUCUGAUUGGCGGCGUCAUUGAUUUUGGAUCAUAAACUGUUGGAACUCCUGGUUAUCAUAAAUAUAAGAAAGCAGAAACCUAAAGGAGUGAGCUGUAACCUCAGAACUGCAGUACCACAAAUGUCCAUUAGAGGCUGCCUCUGAAAGUGAGUCAGUCCCCAUAGAGCCCCAUGUUAAAAUGCCCAUCAGCAGAAAUCAACAUGUUUACAGCCUGAUACAGACUCAGUUUUGGUGUCUAUGACUCGUUUUUUACUCGCUUAUGAUCAGGCUGAAUUUCUGAAAAUAUUAACGCCCCCUGCAGGCUGGAGAGUGAGACUGCAGGGGGCGCAUCCAGGGAGUCAUCAGUGUUGUUAUUGAUCAGUUUUUUUUGAGUUAACACACCCUCACAAACACGUGACCGGGAAGGGACACUGAGGUUAGGAGAGGGAGGGAGGGGAGGAACAGGGGGAGGAGAGGUGAAAGAGAAGAAAGUGACAGAAGGAGAGAGAGACACAAACAAACAGGAGAGAGAGAGAGAGAGAGAGGGCAGGGAGCUGAUUUACCGGAUAAUUGAUUUGUGGAAACAGCAGAUCAGAAGGUAUGAUCGGUGUGUGAGUGUCUGACCUCCUUUAAUCUCGCUCCAGUUUCUUCCUCCUGUCAAAAAUUCUUCUUUUGCUUCUUGUUGAAAACUUUAAGAUAUGAUCCAAAGACAAACUAUUUCUGAAGUUUUACUCUGAGUUCAGGGCUGCUGUUGUGUGAGUUCAGAGAAAAUGUGGCCUUAAGGUGCUGAGAUUUGUCUUUUCUUCUGGUGACAGGUCAGCUGUUAUCCUCAAAUCUGAAGUUUCAUGUCGGGAUGCAUGAUAAUAUUGGCAUGAUUUUGUUAUCAGGAGAUCAUAGCUUUAAAAAUGUGUUAGUUUUUUUAUAGAUAUGAUGUUUUACUGUAAAUACGGUGACACUUAAGUACAUGCAGGUGAUGACGGCUUACACAACGAAAAACUGAUGAACAGAGAGUCCUCAGAUCGGCCUGUUAUCAGCCUCUUUGUUUUGAUUGGAUCAGACCGUCAGAGCCGUGAAUUCACUCUGGAUUUGUUAGAGGUAGACCAACAACUCCUGUGCUCUGUGAGGUGAAACCGCUGUUACUACGUCACAAACUAAAAGCUCAAUCUCUGCAGGGAUCCUCUCUGUUAUUAAAGUGAAAUCCUUAAAUCUGAGAUGUUGACUCUUCUGACUCUUAUUUGCACCCUGAGCCAUACUCGGUGGGUUUGCACGUUUAUUUCACCUUUCUCUGCCCCUCUCGGUCUGCAGGUCGAGCGUUGACAUCAUGAUCAGACACGAACAUCCUCCUGACUGCAGAUCAUUCAAAGACUAGAUGAGUCAGAGAGACGAGGUUUAGACGAGGAACUUUAGAGAGAGAAAUCAGCAGAAUGUAAGAGAACAAAGUCACAGCUGUGUGUGUGUGUGUGUGUGUGUGUGUGUGUGUGGGCGAACAAACUCGGUCUGGAGCUGAACUGUUAGUUUCCCAUGGCAACCAGAAAUAUAUCCAGACUUGAAGUGAUGAAUGGGUGAGAAAACCCUCAGCUUUGUCUUACAGGAAAGUGAGCAGUAUUAAGUUAGUGUCCUUGUGAACGUGUUAUUUUUUUUACUACUUUGUCACUUUUUAUAGUAAUUAUUGAAACUUCAGCUGUAAAACAAAUUCAGAGUCUAAUAAUUGUGCUACGGUGAGGGCAAACAGGGAUGAUGAUGUGUUAUUGUUGAAUUUGUCAUUAUCCUUUGACCAUCCAUUCAAUAUGUCCAAUCAUUAUACGAUUAAAAAUAUGGAAACAGAAUCGGCUCAACUUUCACAACAAACAUCUUUUUGGAAAUUUUCAAAAAUGUCAACAAAAAAGUUUCAUUUAAAAAAAAUAUUAAGACACUAAGAAACAAGAGUGAGAUAUUUUUCUGUUUAGUAAAAGAUCCAAAAGAAUUAUCAGAACAAUCUUCAGACAGGUGGUUUCAGGUUUCUGUUAUGAUGGUCUGAUACUAAUCUCUACCUCCAUGUUUACCCUCUAAACUUUCCCAUGAUGCCACAGGAGAAGAUGCCGAGCUCAGCACAGUUUUGAGGUCAAACAUGGAGGACAUCUCAGAUCACAGUUUUUAUUUUAUUACAGUCUGUUAAAACUUGUAGUUUCUUAGGCAGUUGUUUGAAGCUCGGUUACCUAAGGAAAUAAACACAUUGUGAUGCAGAUCUUUAACGGCUGUUUAAUAUGCAUCUAUAGGGGAGGGAAGUGAUGAAUUUUUAAUCCUAAUUCUGGAUAAUAACUACAUUGUUUUUGGGUGUUCACAGGAUCUGAGUGUUUGCACGAUGCCCCACCUGGAGGGAGAUCCAGGCCGAGCUGAAAAAAACAGCGGCAGGAAGGUAAAAAACUUUUUACAUUAUAAAAUAAAAAGACUGGAUUAUAGCGAUCAGGUGUGAUCGAAUCUUAAAUGUCUGAUCAAAUCUUUAAUCAGGCCAGAGCCGACCCUAGUCUCAACGGGGGCCCUAAGCAAAAUGUGAUUUUGGGGCCCUUUAUUUCUGCCAAUAACAUUGAUUGUUGAUCAUUCACACCUACUACAGUAUAAAUUUAAUGCACCUGACAUGUCUUUACACAUUAAAGGGGGUGGCCUAGGUAAUAACAUAAAUAACACCAGUGAAUGACUGAUGAAUGGUGUUCAGGGUGUCACAUAUGGUUUGUAAUCAGCCGCAGCACUAAAAUGUUUUUACUUUAUUUUAUUAAUGAUCUAUAUUUGAUCAUACAGAAAGCAUCACUCAUACAUGCAAAUAGAUAAUAAAUAAUAAUAAAAACAUAUUUAAAUUUUUCUUUUUUGGAUUGCUCUCAGGGGCCCCCUACUGGCCGCGGGGGCCCUAAGCAGGCCCUUAGUUUGCUUAUGCCUUGGGCCGGCUCUGGAUCAGGUUGUCCAGUUUUGCUAAUGUGUCCUGACCAAACUCCAGUUUGUUUGACUUAAAUGAUUCCAAUAGGACUGACAACACAAACAUUUCCUUUUUUGGACGAGACUUAAAAUUACAGAGAUACAGGAGAUAAAGAGCUCCUAAAAAACAAACUGAAAUUCAUCCCUCCAGAUUAUCUAACUUCAUCUCGAGUCACUGAAGUGUUUUUUGUCUGUAGUAGCUCCAUAUCCAUCUGAAUCCAUCAGCUGGUCAAACUUUUAUAUCUAUUCAUAAACACCAUUAGUAUGAAGCAGCUGUAAUGUGUCCUCCUGUCCAGCAGGGGGGAGCAUUGUGCCGCUCUGCCAGCCCCACAAGGAACUUCUUCCAUCGGGGUGCAUUCAACCAGCCUCCAAGCCCGCGGUCUGCUCCAGCGAGGACUUCCUGCUCCAAGAUGAGUCCAACCUCCCCCAAAACCAUCUUCCCCUACCAGAGUGGACCCCCCGCACAGGAGUCCCCGAACAAGUCCCCGCGCAGGUACACAGUCCCCACAGAGCUCAUAAACAAGAAUCAACAGAACACAGAAGUUAUGAUGCUGUGUGUGUGUGUGUGUGUGUGUGUGUGUGUGUGUGUGUGUGUGUGUGUGUGUGUGUGUGUGUGUGUGUGUGUGUGUGUGUAGGCUGAGUUUUAGUGGGAUCUUCAGGUCAGCCUCCCGGGAUUCGAACCACCAACCAUCGUCCUCUCCUGUCAGCAAACUGUUCACCCGCAACAAGAGGGACAAGGCUAGAGGUACGCUGUGUCUGUGUGUGUGUGUGUGUGUGCAUGUGUGCGCACAUGUGUGCGUGUGUGUGUGUUGUAUGUUUGCAAUUUGUUAAAUGAGAAAAAAUUUAAAUCAACUUAAAAAUCAAUUUAGACUCUAUUAGAGGAAAUAAAUCGGCUUAACGGUUACUCUUUUUAGAGUACACACACACACAUACACACUUUAACACACAGGAACACACUUUAACACACACACAGACUCACACAAUGAUCCUUAUUUCCCCUCCUGUAGAAUUUUCCGGAAGCUGAACUUGGCGCCACAUCAGUUAGAAAUUUUGGCAGCGCACUUGUUCAAUAACACACACACACACGCACACACACACACACAGCCACUCUGUGAGGCUCUGAACAGAGAUCUGUUGGUGUUAAAGGUUCACUUGUGUUCACUCCACGGCCAAUCAGGUGCCAGAAAUGGUUUUAGAUAAAAGUCAUGUGACCUCCUCGAGUGAUACACUGUGGAUUCACUUGGAAGGAGAGUGUGUCUUCAGGUGUGUGUGUGUGUGUGUGUGUGUGUGUGUGUGCUCUGUAAACAUUACAUCAUUGUCAUGUGACCACAUUAGCCUUCAGCAGAAACAGGGAAAUUCAUCAGAACAAAAACAGAUCAAUCAGAGAGCUGUUUCAAACACCUCUUAUCACCUGAUAUCUCAGCCAAUCAGGAAGGAGCGCUGUUAAUGUCCUUUUGGAAAGGACAAAGAACUGGAAAUCAUACUGAAUCAACCGAACUGUGUAAUUACACACUUUGACCACUAGGGGCUUCCUCUGAAAAGACUCCGAUCCCCCAUGAUGCAGCAGUGCAGCUGCACAGACCCCACAGAGUCAGGUGUCCUGAGCCGACCUCAGCGGUGUCAGGUGUGUGUGUGUGUGUGUGUGUGUGUGUGUGUGUGUUUUUGAAAGCUGAUCGAGUGUUUUGAAUCUCGCCCCGCGGCCCCUGCGGUCUCGCCAUAGAAACCCUGUUUGAGGUUUGUUUGGUUUUGACGGGUUCGAGAUGUUUCCCGUGUUUUUGUGUCUGAAGGAGAAGGUGAGAGUCAGAGAGGGAUCUUUGUAUCAGAGGAGGAGGAGGAGGAGGAGAUGAAGAGGUCUCACUCAGUGUCGAACAAACUGUCCGCUCAGAAACAGUCAGUGUGUGUGUGUGUGUGUGUGUGUUCAGUGUGUGUGAGUUCUGGGCUCAUGUGUGUGUUGUGUUGUGAACCUGCUGCUCUGUCAGUAAACAGUGACCUGACUUUAGAAAGCUGCUGUUUUAUUAUCUGCUCAUAAUCCCAGUAACUGUGAUCCUUUAAUAAACCGACUGCACAUCAGGCUGAGAGAGAGAGAGAGGGAGAGAAAGAGAGAGAUAAAGAGAGAGAGAGAGAGAGAGAGGGGAUGUACACUGUAAAAAAUUCAGGAAACAAAGAACAAAGACAUGGUCUCUGUAAUCUCACCCGUUGGUUUCUGAAGAGAGGAUUAAACCCCAAAGGUGAUGGUCCAGGUCUGCACCUUUGCUGACUCCAAUUCUACUGAUGACUCCAUACGAGUGGUCCAGAAAAAAUAGAACUCUUGUGAUCAGCUGAGGAGUCCGGCGAUCGGCAGAGGAACGGAAAGAAGUCGGUGUAAAUUGACACGUUAACUUGAAUGGUUACGAUCAGCUACGAUCGGAGGAUACGACCUUUUAGGAGACGAUCAGGAUGAAGGUGGAAAUUGGGGGUGAUGCUCAGCUGUUCCUAAAACCUGGAGCUGUUCAUCGGUGAAGACCAUGAAACUGUCACAUUUACACAUGAGUGUCAAGGAGAAGUUGUGUUGUCCACAUAUCGAACUGUUGGCAGCUGCUCUUCGGCCAUGUCAUGCUCCAAGAAACUUCAGUAACAUCAGAACAAUGCUCGUGGACAUCCUACCCAAGGCAACGGCUGAAGUUCCAUGUGAUGUUCUCCAUGAUACUGUUGCAAGGAUACAGAGUCAACAUGGCAUCAAACUGGUGAAAAAAAGCUCGUAUCCAGUUGGACUGACUGGAGGAUGUGGUGGAGAGAUGCAGACUGAGGAAGGUGAAGAACAUGGAUACUGAAGAACGUGGAUCAUCCACUUUGUAACACCGUGACGGUGUUGGACAGAGAGAUUCAGAAGAUCUUUGGUUCCCACAGACAUCAGGCUGUUUCAUUCUUCUAUAAAUAGGAGAUGAGAUUCCUGUAACACCCUUGAGCUGAGUCAAACUUUAUAUCAGUGUCAGAUAAACAUGGAGGUUUUUUAAAGGUGUGAAUCAGACAAAACUACACAAAUAGGUCUUCUUCCUUCUAACAGAGGAGAUCCUUCAAAAAUCCACCUGUAUGGGUGUCCUGAGUAAAGAGAGAAGCUAUAAAAACCAAAUCUGUCUCUGUACCAGCCUGUAAACAUAUGAUAAUAAUGUUAAUAAUAAUAAUAAUAAAAAUAACUGUGACAUGACGCGCUAUUGCUUAUCUGCUGUUACAGUGACUCUCUGGUCUAUUUAAGAGUCUGUGUUUGACCAUUUUUUACAGUGUAGGACAGAGGAGGGGGUGUGGCUAACAUGUGCAGCACACACACUCUCACACACACUCACACACACUCUCUGUAACAGUAACACACACAGAGAUAUUCUGCAGCGCUGAAACACUUGAGGACUCCGCUGCUGGACUGACUCUGACCCUCUCUGUCCGGUUACCUGACUGAUCACCUGUCUGACGGUCCGAGGACCAAACCGUCCCCCCAGGAGUUUCUUAAAGAUCCACUUUUCUGGAGUUUCAGAUCUUCAGGUUCAAAUUUUUAAUGGUCAUUUUGAAGGAAGAGUUUCACAGUUCAGGACCGCACGCUCUCUGGAUUUUUACUUCAAACUUUGUGAGUUUGGAAACUUUUCACUGCAGGGAGUUAAAGCAGCCAAUCAGAAGAAGGCUUGAUUCAGACAAGACUUACUAUUGGCUGACUGCUAACGGGUUGAUUAACUUUACUUUACUUUCUGACUAAUGUUUGUCUUCAUUUGUUGAGUAACUUGAAUCAGAAACAGAUUUAUUUUUGCUAUAUUCCACUUUUAUUUUGAAAGGGCUUAAUGUGCUAGAUUAAGUUUUUCGUUUAUAUUUUACAAAUUGAAAAACAUUCGUAAUGAAGUCAGUUCUGUUGAAAUGUUAUCUGAGCUAAGUCCUACCUGUCCAGGUAAGGCAGCUGAUCAGGAGCUGAACGAGGGUCGGUUCAAACGCACAUAAACUGAGGAUGUAGCUGUUGGACAGACGACGUCUUUUUGAGUCUCUAUCGAGCUUUACGUCCUUUUUUACUCACCUGUCGCCAUGGCAAUGAAGCGUCUAAGCAGCCUGAUGCUAAAGAAGUGGAAGGAGAAGGAGAGAUGGACGGGGAGGAGGAGGAGCGAGCCGUUUGGAGGAGGAUGUGAGGUCGAGGAGGAAGAGGAGGUCAGGGAGACGGACAGCAGAGACAGACAGACACACAGGUGGAUGCUGAGGAGGAAGUCUGAACCGUGUGGACUGAUGGAGGAAGACGAGAAGACGGAGGAGAAGAGGAACGAGGGCGGCAGGAAGAAAGAACGAAAGAGGUCCGAGUCAGACAGAGAGGAGGCGAGGAAGGACAAGAGGAGGACGGAGACAUGGAGAGGGAAGGAGAGGAGGAAGUCUACACCCUUGAUCGUGGUGGAGGACAGAGAGGAAGGACAGAAGGACAGGAAGCAGAAGGAGAUGGAGAGAUGGACGCAGCGGCGGCGGUCUGAGCCCUGUGGGGCCCUCUACGUUCAACUACUUCCUCUGUCCAACAGGAAGAGGAGGGAGCUGCUGCAGAGGAAGACGGGACGCAGGACGUCCUGCAGCGAGGAGGGGGACGAGUUCAGAGAGACCACCAGGCGGAGGCCGGAGCACGCCGGUCGACAGGACGACAGUAAGCAAAACGAUUUCACAAAAUCAGAGAAACAAAUCUGAACAGUUUGACAACAACAAACACACAAAACUCAAAACCAGUCCGAGGCUAACACAACGCUAGCUCUUAGCUAACUAAGCCCCGCCCCCUUAUCCAAUUAAGGUCACUGUUGGCUCAGAAACAACCACUGAGAACAACAGUCUGGACCAGACUUAAGCCUCGGGUGAUAAAAAUGAAGCUGAGCAGAAAUCCUAAAAACUGUAGUUCCUCCAGUGUCCACUAGGGGCACCACCUAAAGUGAGUCAGUCCCCAUAGAGACCAAUGUUAAAAACCUAACAGCAGAAAUAAACAUGUCGGGUUUGUAUAGAUCACUUUAUCUGUCUAUAACAACAGUACAGGCCGAACUGAGGAUGCAGCAUCUAGGAUUUCCAGUUCUUCGUUGAAAGGACAACUGUUUUCCUUUCCAAAAGAAACAUUAACCGCGCUCCUUCCUGAUUGGCUGAGAUAUCAGGUGAUCAAAGGUGUUUGAAACAGAACUCACCUGUAAAUUAAAGGGACAGUCUGUGUAUUUAGCAGAACAGGUUUGGAUAAAAUAAAAUAAAAAAAUUCUUAUGUUUGUUUAAAUUAGUGAAUUAUCACCUGAAUAUUUAACAGUUUUGUUGUUUUAACUCAAAAUAGAAUUUGUAUGAUGGAUCUUUUUGAUUUUACAGACAAUAUUUUGUCUUUUUUUCUCCUUUAAAAUACAUAAAAAUAACCCUCAAGAUAAAAACCCCUCAGGCGUGUCUUAUCUCUGAGCCGAGCUUCAGACCUCCAUCAUGUAACAGUGCAACAUUUGUUUGAAUAAUAAAUCUGAACGUGAGGAUUUUAAAGGACAUUUUAUCUCAUUCAUUAGAUUUUCAAAAUAAGGCACAAGUUUGAGUUUCUCAGUGUUUCUAAUCUGGACUGAAGAAAAGUUUAGAAAUGUGAAAUAACAGAAUCUAUAGUGGGGUAUUAUUCACCAUUAAUAAUACCUCACAAAACCUGGAACACAGGAGCCCAGUUGAGCAAUGACACUUUUGUUACAGGUACAGGUGGUGGGCGUGGCCUAAAUGGUGCAAUUUCUCAUUUCCUAUUUUUUUUUCUUUCUUAAUUUCGAAGGAUUUGUUCGUUUGGUUUUUGCAUCUCGGCUAAACUAAAACAGGAGCCAGCCAAAUUAGAGUACUGAUGCUUGGUGACCAUAAUUCAACACAACCACCUAAAAACAGUCAAAGUUGUUUGGAUCAUUUGGUCAAGAGUGCGUAAAAAUCUAAAAUAAGAGUCAGGACUCGGACUUUGACGAGUCUGAGGGUUUUACUGAGCGAGGAGCAGCAGUGAUCUUCAGACGGUAAAUUUACUGUUUAGAUCUUAAAUUCCUCUCCAGCUCCAGGCCUGAAUCUGUGAACAUAACUCCUCUUAACUGAUGUUUAGCUCUCUCUCUUUGUCUCUCUCUGGGAUGAUACUGACAGAACAGGCAUGAAAAGGUUCAAACUGAUCUGUAAUCCUUUCCAUCGGCCCUCAGACGGACUCGGUGUGCGUCAUUCCUCCACAGCAGAGCCCUUCUUCCCACCAAACUAAACCUGUAAUCACAGUUUGUGUCAGGCUCUGUUUGAUUAGGUUAAUGUCACUGUGCUGUAAUCUCCCCGCAGCACAGAUCAGUUCAGUCUGUACGGUCAGAGAGGACAGAGGAGAUAUCUGAGGAGGAGGAGGAGGAGGACAGAGGAGACGAGGCCGAGGCGCCACGAGAGUCCAUGAGGAAUCUCACCUUCAGGUUUUACAUGUUACCUUCAUCCUGGAGGUUCGAGGGUUCGCUUUUAACCGUACUUUGAGCUGUUAGUCCCACAUCUGCUCAGCCUCAUGAAAACAUGCAUAAAACUUCUGCUGCAAAGUGUUAAAAAUAUUAAAAUCAGUUUCAGCUGAAAGAAUUUUAUAAAACUAUCAAAACGGAGCAAAUGUUCCCGCUUGAGUACGUGACGUUGUCUCCUGGGUUUUUAUUUAUUAGUUUAGUUUAAUCGUUGUCAAAGGGGCGUGGUUCCGCACUGUCGUUAUUUUACAGAACAAACUCGUUAAUUUAUGGAACAAAGUCGUUAUUCUGAGCUGUUAGUGUUGCUGUGUUACAGGAAUGAAAGUUCUCGGAGACGUAGUUUUUGACCUCUGUAACAUGAAGCUCUAUGAGGACUGACUCACUUUGAUAGACAGCCUCUAGUGGACACUAGAGGUACCGCAGUUUUUGGUGCUUCAGACUGACUACAUUUACUCGUUAAGUCUCCUGGACAAAGUGGAGAAUUUUGGGGGAGUGCAUUGUGUGUGUGUGUGUGUGUGUGUGUGUGUGUGUGUGUCUGUGUGUGUGUGUGUGUGUGUGUGUGUGUGUGUGUGUGUGUGUGUGUGUGAGAGAGAGAGUCACUCUUCUGUAAUCUGUUAAAGUGCCUGUCGCUUUGUGUUGCCCUCAUCACUCUUUGUAGAGUUUCCUGUUAGCCGAGUAGUGUUUGUGUGUGUUUGUGUGUAUUUGUGUGUGUGUGUGUGUGUGUGUGUGUGUGUGUUUGUGUGUGUUUAGGAGUGAGGUACAAGGUAACCUACAUUAUUUAUUGCCCCCACACACACACAGAGUGUGUUCUUUCUGUUAUCUGUAGCUCUGACUCGGUUGGUUGGACAUCGGAGAGAGGACAGAUUACACACACACACACACACACACACACACACACACACACACACACACACACACACACACACACACACACACAGGGAGUUUAAGGCUGUGAUUCAGUCUUUAACAGGUAAAUAUCACACAGGUGAUACCACCUCAGGAAUGCUGGGUGUCACCGUUACCUGCUGGUUCACAGAGGAAAUGACUCUAACAUGAUCUGAGACACACACACGUGACACACACACACAUGACACACAUAAGCUGUGUGUGUGUGUUUGUGUAUUUUUGUAUUUUUAGUGUAUCUGUCAUCAGUCAGCUGUUACAAGAGAAUAACAUCCACCAUCACUGCUAAAUAUAGACUCUGUGUGUGUGUGUGUGUGUGUGUGUGUGUGUGUGUGUGUGUGUGUGUGUGUGUGUGUGUGUGUGUGUGUGUGUGUACAUGGACUCAUGUUGACAUCCAUGAGUGUUCUCAGUUUGUUGUUGUAACAAACAGAGUUCAUCAUUGAAAUCACAGUUUUAGGAUAUCUGGGGUCCCAGUUUCACGGUAAAAGAACUUGAAUGUUAUCAGUCACCUGUAGCUGAAGUUUCACAGUAAAACUUUUUUGAUUCUGCCGACACAGAGUCAGUUUGGUAGUAAAGUUUCAGGAAUACUUCAGUUUUAUAUUUCAUGUCAUGUAGUUAAAGUUUCACUGUAAAUUUAAGCAGUAUUCUCAGCUCAAUAAUCUUUAAAUACUGCAGUAAAAAUAUUUAUUUAGUUAAACCAUUACAUUGAGUAAAAAUUAACACUAAAAGUUUCUUAACCACGUGUUCUGAGGUGAAAUAAAAGUACCUCAGAAAACAGUCAAAGUAUCCUCUUAUUACAGUAACGGAUCACAGUAUUUGUAUCUGCCUUUCUACUGCAGUACUUCACACAUCUGACUGAAGUACUGCAGCUGUGUACUUGUCUGCAGUAACUCAGCGUGUCCUCCGGAGGGCAGCAGCUCCUCGUUUCAUCUUCACUGUGGACUUCAGUCUCACACUGACUCUAACUUUCUCUCUCCUCCUCCUCCCUCUCUCUCCUCUUCCUCCCUCUCUCUCCUCCUCCUCCCUCCCUCUCCUCCCAGCCUACAGCCUCUCCUCAACUCCUCCCCUCCCUCCUCCUCCCCCUUCACUCCCCCGUCAGGAGGAGGUAAACGUUUUGCGUCUGGAGACCUACCUGACGGAGCCGAGGCGUCCAGAGACCAGGAGGCUGCGCUCCUUCUCCUCCCCUCCUGACACCGGACCGCGGUCCUCCUCCUCCUCCACCUCCUCCUCCUCGUCCUGCUGCUUCCAGCCUCCCCCUCUGGCUCCUCCUCUUCCUGUCGGGAGGCUGGUGAGUGAGACGUGUUAAAUGAAGACAGAGUGAAGAGUGACCGAGUGUCAGAAAUAGAGAUAAUGAGACAGGCUAGAGGGGAUAGGGGAGACCGGGGCAGGAUGUCACACUUUUUAUUCUCAUGUCAUCAUCUGAUUAACCAACACACACACAAAUCUACACAUAAUGACAAGAGAAAGGUGUCCAGGAGAUCCUUUUUUAUAUUUAGGAGACUAACUACACUCAUUUCAGUGACUUAUUUAUUUUUUGUAUUCUUGUUUUAUUUACAGCAGUGUCAGUUUUCGGCCUCCGUAUAAAACAAACUCUGGUAUUAUCUAACGUAAACACAAAGGUAUAAAUACUUCAUGUAUUAAAAUGAUCACAGUGAGUCUGAAAAAUCAUAUUUAUAAAGAAUAUUUUUAAAUCCGGUGAACCAUUUUUCUUUAAGUAUAAGUAAAAAUCUUUAAGCCUCUCUUGCCCUAACUUAAUUAUCAAAAAAAGUCAAUGCAAACUUGUUAACAGUUUUUAAUCUGCACUCCAGCAGACCUUUGGUGCUCACCUUCUGCCCCUCAGUGGUUAAUUGUUGCACUGCAUGUUUGUGUUCAACAGGCUUUUCAAGGAAAAUUAUAAUCUGACUAUAGAGGUCCAAAAACAUGAGCAUUAACUCAGAUUAAUGAGGCUCCGUGGGGUUAAUAAUAAAGUAUAAUUAAUCUAAUCCCUGCUCAUGUUAAAGACAGCAGACUCAGCCAGUCAAUCAACAUCUAACCAGAGAAGAACUCCUGCUCUGUUCACUUUUCUGUGUUAAUUAUUGAUGAUUUACAGACUCAGCAGUUAUUUCAUGUUAAGCUGAUUCAUCAAAGUGUCUAAAAAAAACUGCUGAGUAUUCAUGACCUCUGCAUAAAAACGGAGUCAGACACAGAGAGCAGAAACUGAAUCAGGCUGAUCAAUAUUUGAAAAGUUCAAAUUUCACUCUGAAACGAAGAAAAACCGGAAAUAUAUGAACCUCUGAAAAUCACUGAACUUCGGCUCCAUUCGGCUCCGAUCGGCUGAGAACGGACACGUUCGGAAAUGUGUCGCUUGAGCGACGACGCGGCGUCAAGUGUACGAUGAUACAGAGGUCUGAACCGGAAAUGAUCCUGUCAAAAUAAGAUGAACGACGAUUCAAUAAAGUAGUAUAAUAAGAGGAACCACAAAAAAGUCAACAGUUUGUAAAAAGUCGAGCUGUUUGUAAAAAAGAAAAUAAAUUAGGGGACACAGUUAUAGUAAUUAAGCUUUAACCAAGCCUGUACUUAAACUCUGAGAUUUAUAUAUAUAAUUUUUCAUGAUUAAAAUUUUUUUUUACAAUCGUUCACUGAUCAAUAAACAUCAGAAUCAGAACGCCUUUUAUUGUCAUUAUACAGAAGUUACAACGAGAUUAAAGAGCUUCACCAUUUUCAGUGCAAUAGAUACUAAAAAUGUAAACAAGAGACCAAAUUUAAAGUACAAAAAUAGUUGUAAAAAUUAAAUACUAAUAAUAAUAGUAGGUACGGACUAUACACAUGAUUAAAUCCUCCUGUGCAGCGUAGACAGUGUAAUGAAAAUGAAAACUAUGUACAAGAAAAGGAGAUAAAUAUUAAGGCAGGAUCCUACCAUAUAUUGAGGGAGGAUUCACAAGCAGCACUGGUAAUCUAAAUUUAUUUUUUUAUUUAUUUUUUUUUUUUAUAAAUAUGUGAGAUAAGAUCCAAUAUUCAUCAAAAAUAGUAACUCCUGCUUUAUUCAAUCUAAUAAAUAAAAAAGUGAAAUUGACCUACAUGAAAAGACAGGGAGAGAAAAAAAAGCUGAGUUUAAGAUAAAAAUAAAGGAGAGAUAUUUAGUAGAGUAUUUUGGCUUAUUAAGUGUUUGCAGUUAAAACAGGAGUCUUGUUAAGAACUGAAAGUAAAUACUGUAUGUUCUCAGUGUCCUUAAACUCAUGAAAAACAACUUCCAUUUAUUCCUCUGUUUUUAAAUGGGCUACUUUUAUCAGGCUGUAACGUCCCAGUCGUUAUGCUUUUGUUUUGAAAUCUGAACCGGAAGUGCAGCGUCUCAGCUCCGGCAACUUUAUUCGCCGCUGCGUCUCCGGUGCUCCGAGCUGCUGUGUUAACCUGAGACCGAGCGGCGAACAGCGGCGAUCUUCGCCGACAGAGGACGACUGUUUGCCGGCAGACCAGCUCCUCUCAGCCGGGCAGAGAUGUAAGAUGGAGCCGUGAGGACAGAUUCUCGGUUAUUAAUCUUUAGAUCGUCAUCACGGAGAAACGGACAUAAAUUACCGGAGGAGCGUUAAUGAACGGUGACUGUCAGGUAGGUGCUAACAUUAGCUAACGGCACAUAGCAGCACUUCAUCAGUGAUGUCGCUGCUCCAAAUGUGAGAUUUACCCCCGAAAACCUGUAAAAUAUCAUAAUUUUAAUAUCCCUGACACAGACACUCCUCUGCUGAGAAUGAUCCCAUACAGAUGUAAGAAAAGGCUGCUGUAAAAAUCACAGCUUUAAUAAAUACCAGGAGACCAGAUUAUCCGGUUACCAAAUGAUCCAGAACACCGGGCUCCUUAAAACCAGCUAAAAUCCCCUAAAACAGACUGUGACCUGAUUAAAAAACCUCAAAUAGAGUCAGACUGAUUUAUAUAUUUAAUAUAAUUCCACAUUUGUAUAUGAUUUAAUUUACAGUGACAUUAAUACAUUUUCACACUGAAGGAAUUAAAGGGGAGAAAUUAGGAUUUAGGAAAUAAAGUUUGGAGUAUUAAUAAAAUAAAGUCGAAAAAAAUCUGAGUUUAACAAGUUUAACGGCAAGAAAUAACGAGAAUAAAAUCUUAAUAUUAUGAAGAUAAAGUCGGAGAAGUCCAUAUAAUUUCACACAUAUGUUAGGGCCACAGAGUCAUGGCAAAAAUCAGACUUUGAGUGCUAUUUAAUUAAAAAUUUUAGACACAAUUUCUACCAAUUAUACAUAAUAAUAAUCAUAAUAAAAACAGCUUUAUUUGUAUAGCACUUUUAAAAAUAGAAGUUUACAAAGUGCUUUGACAUAUAGUCAUAGAGCACAUAGAAAAAGAUAAAGACAAAAAGCUCAUUUAAAACAGAAUUAAAGGCAAACUUAGACAAAACGAGAACAUGCAGAAUAAACUGAGACCAUGAGGAUCAAAAUAAAAACAUAGUGAAGAAAAGGAAAUGUAAUAUAAAAGGGGAUCGAAGGAGGAAACCGGAUAGUAAAUAUAAAAGCUAAUAUCAACAAUGAUGAUAAAAUAAUAACAAGUAAUCCUGAUUAUAGUAGUAAUGAUAAAAUAGAGCAAGAGAUAAAACAAUAAAAGGCCUAAAAGGUUAAUUAAGAGAAGAGUACAAGUUUAACAAAAGAUAAAAAAGACAUUAAAGCUGAAAUAAGAUAAGAGAUGACAGAUGAAAGCUGUCUACAUCUUUAUCACAGACAUUUACACAACUUAAAACCUUUUAAUUCAGAAGUAAAAAAAACAAUAUAGUUUAUCGAAGUUUGUCUGAGGUCUGACUGAAGGAUAUGAUUAUAAACUGUUUAUUUAAUCUUUAGAUUUUAACUGAACUUCAUUUGCAAUGUCAGAAUUUAGACUCAAGUUUAAUCAGUUUGGAGCAGACUAAGGCUAAUUUAAAGACACACAGAUACAAACACCUGCCUCCUCCUCUCAUCUCUCCUCUCCUCUCUCCCCCAUUUCCUCUCAUCUCUCCUCUCCUCCUCUCUGUCCUCCCCCUCUCCUCCUCUCCUCCCUUAACCUUUUCAUUUCUUGUUCUCGUCUCUCAGAGAUGAAGAUAAACUCAGAUCUGUUUCAGAGGAAAUAAAAAUGAUCUGAUCUUUUUUUGUUGUCAGAUAAAUUAAACACACUUUUUAUCGUCAACACUCCAGCUGACUGUGUGUGUGUCUGUGUUUGUGUGUUUUUGUGCAGGUGGAGGCUGCAGACGGCAUGUCGGAGCAGCCGGACCCCGACGACGCUGGUGAGACUUGAGACUGUGUUGGUCUGCACCGUCACACACACACACACACACACACACACACACAGACUGACCUUCAUCGGUCUGAGGAUCUAAAAACAGACUGAGAUCACUCUCCAGGGGACUAAACUGAGACUGCAAAGGAUCAUGGGUAAAAAGGACAGGUAGGGUGUCUCCGGUAUCAGCUGUAGUCUGUGGAUGUGGGUCUAUCAGGUCAGUCUGGAUCAAUAAUGUCAGGAUUAGAGGUCCAUCAGAACAGGAACAC